CUGAAAAUCUAAUUAAUUAAUGAACAGCGUUUCACUGCACUGUAAUAGUAAGACUCUACAACUUCCUUCAGCAUUGUAAUUUCUCCUUUUAGUGUAUUCUGGGAAGUCCUUCCUCCACUAUGUGUCUUUUCUGACUUCAGAAAGCUUAUAAGAGCUGACAGGAAGUUCUGAACUGUAGUUGUCCUUCAGACGGGCAGCAGGACCAUGACUGAAGCUGAUGUAACGUACGCUGAUGUGAAGUUCAACAAAUCGAGAGCCAGAGAAAAUGUUGCAUCUGAAGAAAGCACUUACUCUGAGGUCAAGAUCUCAAACAAACAUCCACCAGUCUCUGCAAACUGUGCAGAAAAUAUCCAACCACCUGGGUCCAGCAAGAGGUCAAAGGUCACCUCAGAGCGACUGGUUCUGCUGGUUCUUAUUGGACUGUUGGUAGCUUCUCUCGCCGCUCUUGGAGUCACCUAUGAGACGUGUCUGAAGUGUGGAGCAGGCUGGGAGCUACAUGGAGGAACCUGUUAUAAGUUCAACACCAAUAAGUCCUCCUGGACUGAGAGCAGAGAUUCCUGCCAAGAUCUGGGAGGAGACCUGGUGAAGAUAGACGGCAGAGAGGAGCAGAUGUUCCUGGAGGAGAAACUGAGAGGCUUGAUGGAGGAAGCAGAGGACAAGUUCUGGAUCGGACUGACGGACUCAGAGCUAGAAGGCAGAUGGUUGUGGGUGGACGGAUCACCUCUGGAUGAAAGUUUGAAGUUUUGGUGGAACAAGGAGCCUGAUGACUGGAAAGGUCAGAAUCCAGCUGGAGAAGACUGUGGGAGGAUGGGAGAGAAAGGAGGAGCCAGUGAUCUGAAGUGUUGGUUUGAUAGAUCCUGUAAUGAUCCUCACAAGAGUAUCUGUGAGAAAACAGCAGUAUCUGGUCAAACUUCAUGUGUCUGUGUAUGAAGUUCAGUUCAGUUCUUUAAACGAUCUGAGAACCGGAUCAGGAAGCUGCAGAGAUUCUGGUUCUAUCAACAUAAUGUUACAAACAUAGAAAGCUCCCUUCCAGACAUGUUAAAA